AGAAGAAACAUUGUCUCUGGAGAAGUGGAACCCACUUAUGAGGAGUGUGAGUGGCAGAGUGACCAUGAUGAUGAAGCAGCAUUAGCAGAAGAUCUGAAGAAGAAAGCUGCUAUAGAGGAAAAGACAGAAGAUGCUAAUGAGGAGAAGCCCAAAGGAAUUCCAGAGUUUUGGCUCACCAUAUUCCGGAGUGUGGACAUGUUGAGCGAUAUGCUGCAGGAGCAUGAUGAACCAAUACUUAAACAUCUUCAAGAUAUUAAAGUGAUAUUUUCUGGUCCUGAUCAGCCCAUGACCUUCACAUUAGAGUUCCAUUUUGACCCCAAUAAAUACUUUACCAACACAGUUCUCACAAAAGUAUACAAGAUGAAGUCGGAGCCAGAUGCAGAGGAUCCGUUUUCAUUCGAGGGACCAGAAAUCAUCGACUGUGAGGGGUGUGAAAUUGAUUGGCUCAAAGGCAAAGAUGUGACGGUAAAAACGAUCAAGAAGAAACAGAAGCACAAAGGCAGAGGGACAGCAAGGGUCAUCACCAAACAAGUGCCCAAUGACUCCUUUUUCAACUUUUUCAACCCUAUUAAAGUUUCACCAGAUAAAGAGUUG